AUGUUUGUUCUUGUUUAUGGGAGUCCGACAAAGGAAUUUACGGUUGAGAGAGGACUGUGGAAAAGUGAUCCACUAUCUCUGUUUCUUUUUGUUUUGGUGACGGAAGGUCUCACGGUUUUAGUUAAGAAAGCGAUCAAGAUAGGUGAAUAUGAAGGAUUUCUCAUUAGCGAUAAAUGCAUGGUGGAUAUCCUUCAAUUCGCAGACGACACGUUGUUGAUAGGUGAAGGUAAUUGGAAGCAAAUUUGGGCUAUCAAGACGGUGUUGAAGGCGUUUGAAAUGGUUUUCGGUCUUGGUAUCAAUUACCAUAAAAGUAAAUUGAUUGGUAUCAACAUUAACAAUAAUUUGUUGGUAGCCGCUUCCUCCCUUUUAUCUUUUAAGGUGGAAGGAAAAGAGUUCAUGUUUCUAGGUAUUCUUGUUUGA